AUGGGAACUGUGAAGGAAUGGUUCACAUCAUCUCAGGCUCUUUUGAGCAUGUUACUGGUGCAAGUGUUUGCAACUGGGAUGCAGCUCCUAUCAAGGGUCAUAUUGGUGCAAGGCUCUUUCAUUUGUGCACUUAUUGCAUAUCGUCACAUUGUUGCUGCUAUUUGUGUUGCACCCUUUGCACUCUACUUUGAAAGAGGCCGCACAAAGAAGUUCAGUGGGAAAGUUUGGUUUUGGCUCUUCAUUAAUGCAUUAAUGGGUAUGACUAUGGCUCAAGGAUUGUUCUAUUAUGGUCUGCGAGACACUUCAGCUACUUACUCAGUCAACUUUCUCAACUUAAUUCCUAUAUGCACUUUCAUUACCUCUAUCACAUGCAGAAUGGAGAAACUGGCGCUGCAAACAUGGGCUGGUAAAGCUAAGUGUAUAGGGGCAAUUAUGUGUGUUGGGGGAGCAUUAGCUACCUGUCUUUACAAAGGGAAGGAAUUUUAUCUUGGUCAUCAUAAUCAUCAUACUCAUACUGCUGUUACAGCACACAAAACUUACAUGCUUAGGGGCACUUUCUUUUUAAUUGGCAGCUGCUUCUCAUACACAGCUUGGUUCAUUGUGCAAGUCAAGUUGCUUAAAGUAUUUCCUUUGAAGUAUUGGGGAACAAUGCUAGCAUGCCUUUUUGCUACAAUUCAAUCAGCAGUAUUUGGGGCAUUCAUAGAUUCUAGUAAAGCUGCUUGGAAAUUAGAAUUGAAUCUACAACUGAUCACUAUAGUGUACUCGGGUGCACUGGCUACUGCUGCUACGUUUUGCUUAUUAUCUUGGGCAAUUACACUCAAAGGACCUACUUAUCCUCCCAUGUUCAAUCCCCUUGCUCUUAUUUUUGUGGCCAUAUCAGAAGCUAUCAUACUUGGAGAACCAUUAAGAGUUGGAACGUUGUUGGGCAUGGUUUUGAUCAUAAUGGGAUUGUACUCCUUUUUGUGGGGCAAACAGAAUGAGAUUCAGCAUUUGCCUCAACCCAAUGUAUCAGCUGCAGAGGUAUCAACAAACGUGCCUGAUGAACCUGUCGUGGCGCAAGCAACGGCCACGGUGGUGCCAAGUUCUUCACCUAUGGAAAGUGUGGUUCUUGAAAUUGAAAGGACAAACAAAAUUUGA